AUGCCGUCGCGCUCGCUCCGCGUCGCCGUCAUCGGCGCCGGGGCCGCCGGCCUGGUGGCGGCGCGCGAGCUGCGGCGCGAAGGCCACGCCCCCGUCGUGUUCGAGCGCACCGACGGCGUGGGCGGCACCUGGGUCUACGAAGCCGACGCCGACGCGUCCGCCUCGCCGGAGCCGCCCGUCACCCAGCGGCGCUCGAACCUCUACGCGUCCCUCCGCACCAACCUCCCGCGCGAGUGCAUGGGCUUCCUCGACUUCCCCUUCGUCGCGGGCCCCGACGGCGACCCCCGCAGGUUCCCCGGGCACGCGGAGGUGCUCCGGUACCUCCAGAGCUUCGCGCGGCGGUUCGACCUCCACGGCCUCGUCCGGCUGGAGACGGAGGUGGUCCGGGUGAGCAGGGAGGCGAGCGGCACCAGCUGGCGCGUCAGGUACUCGAGGAAGGCGCCCGGCAGCGAGAAGCGCGAAGCGGAGGAGGAGGUGUUCGACGCCGUCGUCGUCUGCAACGGCCACUACUCCAAGCCGCACUUCGCCGACGUCGCCGGCGCGGAUGCUUGA